AUGCAUGCUCUUGAUCUUGGCAUCUUCAUGCAUAUCAUCUCCUGCAUUCAAGCCAUGCUAAAGAAGAAGAAGGAAACACACGUGCUGAAAGAGCUAGAUUCGGUCCUGCAAACAAUAGCACGUGAUACUCGAAUCAGUGGUUUCCGGCUACCGGGUGGAGAGAAGGGUGGUUACUUUGCAGGAGCUGCAAAGUUUCAGGCGUUUGAACACCGUGCCAUCAUGCAAGUGUGCACGAUUGUCCUUGCCGGGCGUGUAGAGCAAAGAAUUGUGGAUGCUGUAGCUGCAUUUGUCGACUGCUACAUGCUGGCCUCUAGGAGGUGGUACCAUAGAGAUAACACCCUUCAAGAACUUGACCAGGCAAUCAAAAGGUACUCCAAGUGUCUGCCCUGCAUUCUCUCCCUUUCGGUUUCAGAUCUAAUUCCACUCUGUGCCGACUCCUCCCAUCCAUUUCUGCAAUUCAUAUCUCACCCAUAUCUGUCCUACCUUUCUUUCUCUCUGUCAUCUCUCCACUACCAUCUCUGUCCUCCCUUCUUCCUCCUUCUCAACCCUCUUCAUUCCCAUCUUCCACCCUCUCAUCCCUCCACUCCCAUCUUUGUCCUCCCUUCUCCCUCCCUCCCAACCCUCUUCAUUCCCAUCUUCCACCCUAUCAUCCAUCCACUCCCAUCUCUGUCCUCCCUUCUCCCUCCCUCCCAACCCUCUUCAUUCCCAUCUUCCACCCUAUCAUCCAUCCACUCCCAUCUCUGUCCUCCCUUCUCCCUCGCUCCCAACCCUCUUCAUUCCCAUGUUCCACCCUCUCAUCCCUCCACUCCCAUCUCUGUCCUCCCUUCUCCCUCGCUCCCAACCCUCUUCAUUCCCAUCUUCCUCACUCUCAUCCCUCCACUCCUGCCUCUGUCCUCCCUUCUCCCUCCCUCCCAACCCUCUUCAUUCCCAUUUUCCACCCUCUCAUCCCUCUACUCCCAUCUCUGUCCUCCCUUCUCCCUCACUCCCAACCCUCUUCAUUCCCAUCUUCCACCCUCUCAUCCCUCCACUCCCAUCUCUGUCCUCCCUUCUCCCUCACUCCCAACCCUCUUCAUUCCCAUCUUCCACCUUAUCAUCCAUCCUCUCCCAUCUCUGUCCUCCCUUCUCCCUCACUCCCAACCCUCUUCAUUCCCAUCUUCCUCACUCAUCCAUCCACUCCCAUCUCUGUCAUCCACUCUUCCUCCCUCUAAAUCCCUCCUCACUCCCAUCUAUAUCCUCCCUUCUUCAUCCCUCUCAUCCCCUCUCACUCCCAUCCCCGUCCUACCAUCUUCCUCCCUCUCAUCCCUCCCUACACCCAUCUCUGUCCUCUCUUGUUCCUCCAUCUCAUCCCUCCUCACUCCCAUCUCUGUCAUCUCGUCUACCUCACUCACCUUGACUGGGUGGAUGCUCAUGGCCUUUGCGGCAUCAUUCCGGGCGGUAAGUGUCGGUAUUGCAAGUAGCUCCUCGACCUUCUCCGCCUGA